UCUCGUGAUUAUUCUGCUUCAGAGCGUGACCUACAUUUACGUGUGCAUGCUAUUUCCAUGCCAUAUAAGACGUUCGAAGAGGAAAUCCAAGCUUCAUAUCUGCGAUCAUGUCACCUCCGAGCGGACAGUAAAUGUACAGGGAGAGAUGUGUAAUUCCCGUGCUGUUUGCCUUCAGGGGGAAUGUUGAUGUCCGACAAGAGACUCUGGUUAAAUAAACAGAGGAGGAUGUGAACCGCGGGCACAGCCGUUAUCUCCGUCAAAGGUCUGCGUCUCAACUCCCGCUACCAGGAAUGAAACCCUGUCCUUAAGGAACAUCAGCUGGUGAUUGAUUCAACGCUAGUGUCGAGGUGUUACUUGGUAGCAUGGCCUUGUCGUUUUGUGGAAACAACGAGUCCAGCACUGCCUAUAGCGUGGAUUCGGGCGUCCUCAACAAUUUCUGCUUUGUGGAUGCACUCAACCUGGUUCCCCAUGUCUUCCUGCUCUUCAUCACCUUCCCCAUCCUGUUUAUUGGUUGGGGCAGCCAGAGCUCCAAAGUACAAAUCCAUCACAACACAUGGCUUCACUUUCCUGGACACAAUCUGAGGUGGAUCCUCACCUUCUCCCUGCUGUUUGUUCACGUGUGCGAGUUUGCAGAGGGCAUCGUCUCCAACAAGGUGAUGGGUUCCAACAACCUUCAUCUCUUCAUGCCUGCAUUCAUGGGCUUUGUUGCUGCUACAACGUCUGUGGUCUAUUAUCACAACAUUGAGACGUCUAACUUUCCCAAAUUAUUACUUGUCCUUUUCAUCUACUGGGUGCUGGCAUUCAUCACAAAGUCUAUCAAGUUAUGGAAGUUCAUUCAGCACGAUGCUGAUCACCGGUACCUAAGAUUCUGGAUCACUGCGUUGUUGGUGAUUUUGUAUGGCCUUCUGAUGGCUGUUGAAAUCAAUGUCAUCAGAAUCAGAAAAUAUGUCUUCUUUGCCAAGCCUCAGAAAGUAAAGCCACCUGAGGACCUUCAAGACUUAGGGGUUCGCUUUCUGCAGCCUUUUGUCAACUUGCUCUCCAAGGCAACGUACUGGUGGAUGAAUCCGCUCAUCAUUGGAGCUCACAAAAGGCCGAUAGAGCUGAAAAAAAUUGGGAAGCUUCCUAUUGCAAUGAGAGCUCUUACCAACUAUCUACGACUCAAAGACGCGUAUGAAGACCAGAGGACGGCAGAAGACCCAGACAAAGCCCCAUCGAUCUGGCGCUCUAUGUACCGCGCAUAUGGACGUCCUAUCCUCCUCAGCAGUACCUUCCGAUACCUGGCAGAUCUGCUUGGUUUCGCAGGGCCUCUCUGCAUCUGUGGUAUUGUAUAUUACCUCAAACCAGGGGAGGACAGCAAGGCAUCUGAGAACAAUGGGGCAACAAUUUUAGGUGUGUACUUCAUGUCUUCCAACGAGCUGCUGCAGAACACAUCUGUCCUGGCUGUUCUGCUUUUCCUGGCACUAGUGCUGCAGAGAACUUUCCUGCAAGCCUCGUACUACAUCGCAAUUGAAACUGGCAUCAAUCUGCGAGGUGCCCUUUUGGCAAUGAUCUACAACAAAAUCCUUCGUCUGUCCACCUCAACCAUGUCCAUGGGGGAGAUGACUCUGGGCCAAAUCAAUAACCUGGUGGCCAUUGAGACCAACCAGCUGAUGUGGUUCCUCUUCCUGUGCCCCAAUCUGUGGGCCAUGCCUGUGCAGAUUGUGAUGGGCGUGAUUCUCCUGUACAACCAGUUGGGCUCCAGUGCCUUAAUUGGAGCGUCUGUUAUAGUUCUCCUGGCACCAUUCCAGUACCGCAUAGCCACAAAACUAGCAGACACUCAGAAGAGCACACUGGAACACUCCACAGAUCGUUUAAAAAAGACCACGGAGAUAUUGAAGGGCAUCAAGCUACUGAAGUUGUACGCCUGGGAGAAUAUCUUCUGUGACGGAGUGGAAGAGACCAGAGGGAAGGAGCUCACCAGCCUGAAGACCUUUGCUUUCUACACAUCAAUGUCGAUUUUCUUGAAUGCUGCUAUUCCAAUCGCUGCUGUUCUGGCUGCUUUUGUUCACCACAAAGGUCCGCGUCCCGCUGAGGCCUUUACCGCGCUGGCUCUGUUCCACAUCCUCGUCACUCCUCUGUUCCUCCUCUCCACUGUGGUCAGAUUCGCUGUUAAAGCUUUGGUCAGUGUGCAGAAGCUGGGAGAGUUUCUCCAAAGCGACGAAAUUGGAGACGACAGCUGGAGAAAUGGAGACAUUUCAGUUCCAUUGGAUUCUGGUAAAAAACACUUGGGAGGGACUAAAGCCAUCAACAGGAAGCAGCCGAUGCGCUACCAGAUGGACAACUAUGAGCAACCCACCAGGCGACAUAUGAGAUCGCCAGAGACGGAGGAAGUGGCUAUUAAGGUGAGCAAUGGAACCUUCACUUGGGGAAGCAACUUGUCAACCCUUUCUGACAUCAACAUUCGCAUUCCUACAGGUCAGCUGACGAUGAUUGUUGGCCAGGUGGGCUGUGGGAAGUCAUCCCUGUUACUGGCGAUGCUGGGAGAGAUGCAGACCAUAAAUGGAAGAGUCCACUGGAGCAAGCUGCCUGAUUGUGAGAGAAUCCUCGAGGGGAACUUCAGUUGGUCUGAGACAGAGGAGACCGCCGAGGACAUCAGGAGCAAGAACAGGAACUCCGUGGCUUACGCUACCCAGAAGUCUUGGCUGCUGAAUGCGACUGUAGAGGAAAACAUUACUUUUGGCAGCCCCUUCAGCAAACAGAGGUACAAGGCGGUGAUUGAUGCCUGCUCUCUGCAGCUCGAUAUCGACCUGCUUCCUUUCGGAGAUCAAACUGAGAUCGGAGAGAGAGGAAUCAAUCUAAGUGGAGGCCAGAGGCAGAGAAUCUGUGUGGCCAGAGCGCUCUACCAGAACACCAACAUUGUCUUCCUUGAUGAUCCUUUCUCAGCGCUUGACAUUCACCUCAGUGAUCACCUGAUGCAGGAAGGAAUCCUGAAAUUCCUGCAGGAUGAUAAGAGGACAGUUGUUCUGGUCACUCAUAAACUGCAGUACCUUAUCCACGCAGACUGGAUCAUUGCUAUGAAAGACGGGUCGGUGCUUCGAGAAGGAACUCUGAGGGACAUUCAAACUCAGGAUGUGGAGCUGUACGAUCACUGGAAGGCACUGAUGAAUAGACAGGACCAGGAGCUGGAAAAGGACAUCCAGCAGGACAGCCAAACACUCCUGGAGAGGAAGACACUGAGGAGAGCUUUCUAUUCCAGAGAUGCAAAGAAUCUAGUGGAUGACGAGGAUGAAGAGGAGGAAGAAGAAGAGGAAGAGGAUGAUAACAUGUCCAUGAUGACUGACAGAAGAUCCAAGAUUCCGUGGAAGGAUUGCUGGAGUUAUCUGUCCUCUGGUGGACUCUUCAUGGUCUUCCUCAUGGUUUUCUCCAAACUCCUUAAACACUCUGUCAUUGUUGCCAUCGACUACUGGUUGGCCAUUUGGACCAAUCAGAGUGCUCCAAUAGUGUCUAAUGUCUCCAGCGACACCAAUGGCACACAACUGAUCGACAGCAACAGCACAAAUCCGAACACCAUCAAUCAGAAGGCCUAUUAUCAGAACAUUUUCAUCGCGCUGUGUGCAGCAGGAAUCACUUUAUGCCUCAUCACCUCACUCACGGUGGAGUUUCUGGGUCUUUCUGCAGCCACCAACCUGCAUCACAACCUACUCAACAAGAUCAUUCACGCACCUAUCAGGUUUUUUGACAUCACUCCUUUAGGACAAAUCCUUAACAGGUUCUCUGCUGAUACCAACACCAUUGACCAGCAUAUACCCCCAACGUUGGAGUCACUGACACGGUCAACGCUGCUUUGCUUCUCCGCUAUCGUGGUCAUCUCCUCCAUCACCCAGUAUUUUCUAAUAGCUUUGAUCCCUCUGGGAGUUGCUUUCUACUUCAUACAGAAAUACUUCCGUGUGGCUUCCAAAGAUCUGCAGGACCUUGAUGACUCCACUCAACUCCCUCUGUUGUGCCACUUCUCCGAGACUGCGGAAGGUCUCACCACCAUCAGAGCCUUCAGACACGAGGCUCGUUUUAAGCAACGUAUGCUGGAACUGACUGACACCAACAACACGGCCUACCUGUUUCUUUCUGCUGCCAACCGCUGGCUGGAGGUCAGAACGGACUAUCUUGGAGCUGUGCUUGUCCUGGCUGCUGCAGUGGCUGCAAUACAUUCAAAUGAGAUUCCAGAUGCUUCUAAAGUGGGUCUUGCACUUACUUAUGCCCUCACAAUGACCAACUACUUGAACUGGGUGGUGAGAAACUUGGCAGACCUGGAGGUGCAAAUGGCUGCAGUGAAAAAGGUCAACAGUUUCCUCAGCACGGAGUCGGAGAACUAUGAGGGAACCAUGGAUGCCUCACAGGUCCCUGAGAACUGGCCCCAUAAUGGUGAAAUAAAAAUCCGGGACCUGUGCGUUCGCUACGACCCCAUGCUCAAGCCUGUGCUCAAACACGUCAACGCAUACAUCCAACCCGGGCAGAAGCUCGGGAUCUGUGGCCGCACCGGCAGCGGGAAGUCCUCUCUCUCCUUGGCCUUUUUCAACAUGGUUGAUAUUUUUGAAGGAAAGAUCAUCAUCGAUGGGAUUGACAUCUGCAAGCUUCCUCUGCACACACUCAGGUCCCGACUCUCCAUCAUCCUCCAGGAUCCUGUGUUAUUCAGUGGAUCAGUCAGGUUCAAUCUGGAUCCUGAAAGGACUUGCACUGAUGAUCGACUUUGGGAGGCGUUAGAGAUCGCUCAGCUGAAGAACAUGGUCAAGGUGCUGCCUGGAGGACUGGAUGCCGUGGUGACCGAGGGAGGAGAGAACUUCAGCGUGGGUCAGAGGCAGCUCUUCUGCCUGGCUCGCGCUUUUGUCCGCAAGAGCAGCAUUCUGAUCAUGGACGAAGCCACUGCUUCAAUAGACAUGGCCACGGAAAACAUUUUGCAGAAAGUGGUGAUGACUGCGUUUGCAGACAGGACUGUUGUGACUAUUGCACACCGUGUCCACACCAUCCUAACAGCCGACCUGGUCAUCGUCAUGAAGCGCGGCAACAUUCUGGAAUACGACAAGCCGGAGACUCUUCUGGAGCAGGAGGACGGGAUGUUUGCGUCUUUCGUCAAAGCCGACAUGUAGACCAGAGACCUCGGUCAAACUCCAAACAGUUUGUAUCGCGGAGGUGGAGGCAGCCCUCGGACAUAGUCAUUCACUUUUAAGAGAAACUGCGUUGUUGCCUCCUGGACAAGUUGUUUGGGAAAUCAUUCUGGAUAAAUGAGGGCUCACUACCAAGCGCUCUUGAAAUAAAGUGAUGCAAACUUCACUUCACUCAGACAAAGUUCAAAGUGUGUGAUGAUUAGAUGUCCAUGUAGAUAAGCGAUAAUCUGAGUGUUUUCAUCGAUAAGGUUGAUGUAAUGUAGAGAGUGAUAGAGUCAAACUGUUUAAAGAAUGCAAACCAAUUCCACACCAUUCAAAUCUUUUUGAUCUUUAAAAAAUAUCUUGGAAAAAGGCAAUAAUAAUCAUUAGAUUCAAUUCACUUUCUUUUUUAUUAAUUAUUUAUAGCAAAAAAUAUUUUGUAAAAUACUGAAAGGUUUUGACUCAUUUACAGAGUGAGUAUAAUGGUGAGCUAAGCACUUUUGCAAAGCAAUAAUUUGGAAUGAGCCCAUGAUUUUUUUUCCCAUGUCUCUGAUGUUAAAGCAGGAAGCAAGAGUGACGUUAUGGUGCACUACAUUACAGUCACUUGACAGAACUGCCUUAAAAUGUCAUUGCAUUUCUUUUCCAUUGUCAAUACAUGAUGUAUUUAUGAUGACGCAGUGUUGCCAAAUACGUUUGCAUGGCCACUGAUGAGUUAUUGUUCUGAGCGAGACGCACGUCAUAAUAGAAGCUCUGAUUUUAGCAGUAUGUUCUGAUCCUCGUUUAAGCUGGAGGCUAUGUAUAGGUCGCAGCACAGUGAUGCAGUGGUUUGUACUCUUUUUUUUAACUCAAGAAUAGCAAGGUGUACUUUUACUCUAUUUUUCACCUGCAGAGAAAAUGGUUAUCUCUUUUUCUAUUGUCUUUUUGUACUCAACUUCAGGAAUGGGUUUAAAAAAUUGUUAUUCUUCUCUGGGUCAAUUUUUAUUGUCAGUCACACGGCGACUAACUCAAACUUUGUUAACAUCAUCGGUCUAUUGUUGCUCCUGUAAAUGUACUGUCUUUUCUUGUUGCUCCAUCUUCACUAGUACAAACACUGUAGGGUGUCACUCUUGAUCCCGGUGACCCCUCUGUCUGUCUGCAGUCAUGCUUUGCUGAGCUCUCAUCAGGGACAAUAGACACAAAAAUCCCAUGAUCAUGCAGUCACCACUUGGUUCUGGACAUUGCGAAGUGAUGGCAGAAGAAUCGGCGAAUGUUUUUGAUGAGCGUGUUAUUGUCCCGUUAUGUUGUUAUAUCAUAAUGUUAUGUACAAUUUCACAUCAUACCAUAAUGUUAUUUUUUAAGAGUUAUAUCUCUAUAAUCCAUUCUAUAACAAGUUCACCAGCAGUACUACUUAUUACUUUUAAUGUUAGCCUGCUCUGACUGUUUCAGAUUCUCCUGUGUUUCGCUGCCAUGACUCUGUCAACUUUGUUUAGUUUGUCUCACGCGUGUGUGCGUCCAGAAAGUGUGUGGCAGCCAUUUUUGGGCCGGUUCCCUCACAGGAAUAGACGCUAUUACGGUAAAAAGAUAAAUGUGAUGUGAAUUGGAAGUGGUUAUUAUGGGGUUUCUCUAGAACAGGGGGAGGAGGGGGCUUCAGUCAUGACGACUACACGCUGUUUUAAUGCCUGGCUUGUUGGUCACUUGUAUCUAUGUCUUUCUAACGUUUUUGAAACACUUUUGUUGUCAAACAAUCUUUGUAAUGAGACACAUAUAGGCCAAUGACAGCUGUUCAAAUGUGACUUUAGUAUAUUUCAAUACUGGUUGGUUCCAUUUUUAAAUACAUUUCUGAAUGUAUAUGUGCAUUUGUGUGUCAUUACCUAUUAAUGCAUGAUUUAAAAUGAUGAAUCAAGAGCUUGGAGAUGUUGGAGAGCGUUUUUCACGUUUGAAGAUUCUUCCGUACAGAUAACAGAUUCAGGGUGUUUCCUCCCAGUCAGACAUGACGAGACGAUUCGCAUCUGUACAGUAUGUGAUUUAGCUCGGGGAUACCAAGACUGUCCUUCUCCAAAGCUCUUCAGUCAGAGCUGUGCUCACAUCCUUACCAAAUUCAACCUUUGCCUUGGCUUCCAGUGUCCAGCAGGUUAGGAACCCAUCACUCUUGAAUCCAGCCAGAAGCGAAAU